AUGGAUAACCAAAAGUCUCGCCUACCUCGAGCUCCGUCCAACCCCGCCAUCCGACCUCCCUCAAGCAUCUCCCGCUUGCCCGCUCCAGUACGUUUGAUCAAGCAAUCGAGCUUAUCUCGUCCUCCUUCUCUCCCUCUUCGAUCGACUAGACAGCCAGUUCUUUCCAAGAAUGGCUCAUCUGUCAUACCCUCUACACCUGCUGUACCAUCCAGAUUUUCACAGAGGACACUACUUCCCAGUCGGUCGACUUUGGCUUUGAGCAACCCUACACUUCCAUCCCCUGUUCGCCUUCGCACCAACCCAGCCAUUCCUCUUGCACCUAAACGCACCAUCUCGCUGGCUUCCAAGACGACCACUUCGGGAAGGUCGAAACCCACCCCUUCGUUAGAAUGCGAAAAGCAACAAUCGCAACACAUGUCUCAAUCUGGAAGUUCUACUGAUUUAAACAACUCCAAAGCCAUCCAUGUCUUUGAACCUGGCACGAAAGCGGCAUAUCGCUCUCAAUUAUUCGGGUUGCAUUCCAAGAACAGAACCGCAUUCCGUCCAAAAACAGGAUUUCUAGGGUUAGGCAGUCCUUCUCGAUCCACUCGGCUUCCUGCGACUCCAACAUCUCAUAAACGCUUUGAAGAUAUCAUCUCUACUCCGACAUUACCAAAAACCGAAUCCAACCGGUGGAAUUGUAUAGAUCCCGAUGAGCAGAUCAAAGACUUGGAGCUGAGCUUCGCAGAGGACGAAUCAACCGAUAUCUCAUUUGUAGAACCGUUGAAUUUCGGCUUUGCGACCAGUAGAUUUGCCUCUGAUCAAGCUUCGAUAGAUCCUAAUACCGAUGUAGAAGUCUUGGAUAGAUCAGAGAUAUACAUAGACCAUGGUCAAGGCGCCAGAAGAAUCGAGGCUCAAGGGGUAAAAGAUACAUGGGAACAGGUAGCAGGAGUUGGGGAAGGAGAUUUAGUGGAAAUUCGAACAAUGUUGGGGUUGGUCAAGACUCUAAUGCACGAGAUAAAUGGCGAAUGA